AUGAAAACGCAUCGAAAGUUUAUUCCGAGGAUGAGCGACGAGCCACAAACAUGGAUCAGGAUCAGAGCAAAUCGGCUGAAGCUAAGAGACGAAUUCAAUGUGGACGGCGACGAGCUGCUUCGAAGCUUGAGCGACAAGGCCGUCUUCACCCUCCACGAGGAGAAACGGAUUCGGGCGAUAACGGACCCGACGAUGCGAUUUGACGAGCUUUUCCACAUACUCUUCAACAAGAAUCCGCAAAAAUACUUUGAUGUCGUCCUCGAAGCCCUCGAUCACAUUGGAAGGCAGGAUGCUGUUAUAUUCUUACAAGGAGGGAGGAACACCAGCGAUUCGCCUUGUGAUGCUCAGUUCGUGCUUCUCAUUCUCCUGCUGGAUUUUCCCAAGGUAGGGUAA